AUGGAAGGCUUCAACGAGUUCAAGGUAGCGCAAACGAACAAAUCGAUCCGAACAAUCAAGGCUGAACUAGAAUACCUCUGCGAUGCAUCUGUAAUCAGCCCCCUCCAACUCAACGAGCUCCUCUCCCGCAUCCCCGAACAGACCGCCCUCCACGCUCCCCUCUCCGUCGGCGCCGUACCUACGAAUGGCAUGACAAACCUGUCCCUCCAAAACCAGAACAACAACCAACAACGCAACAACACCGCCACUGGCCCUCUAAACGAGAAAGCCUCCUACUACGCUCCCGUACAAUCACCUCCACCUCAGCAAAGCAAUCAACCACCAGCCUAUGAUCAACCGCCCCCUGGCCCUCCACCUCCACAAGCAAACUGGGCCUCUACCCCUCCUCUCGCUCAAGCAACGGCCUUAUACGCCUACACAAGCACAGACGCCGGCGAUCUCGCUCUCCAACCAAACGACCACAUAACCGUAACGGAAUACAUGAACGCCGAAUGGUGGAAAGGCAAAUCCACACGGACGGGACAGGAAGGAAUCUUCCCCCGGUCCUACGUCAAAAUUGACGAGUCGGAGAAAGCUGGUACCGCUGCUGCUGCACCGGUUAGUUAUGGGAAUAAUUACGGUAAUGCGCCGCUUGAGGUUAGCGGGCAAGGGAAUGGGGAGGGUAAGGCUCCGUCGAAGGUGCAGGAGGGUGGCAAGAAGUUCGGAAAGAAGUUGGGUAAUGCUGCUAUCUUUGGUGCUGGUGCUACAAUCGGUAGCAAUAUUGUCAACGGCAUUUUCUAG